AUGGGUAAGAAAGGGUGUGAGAGGUGCAAGAAGUGGCAGGAGCACUACUACUGGGAGCACAUGGAUGUGAGCAAGACCAGGUUCUUCAAGCUCAUGACACAAGAUUCCCAGGAGCGCAUUCGGAUACCGGACAAGUUUGCGAGCAGCUUCAUCGGGCAGACGCAGAGCUCACGGGGAUUUCGCCUGAAAGCACCCAGCGGCGAAACGUGGCAUGUGGGCGUUACCAAGGUUGCAGAUGGUCUGUUCUUCAGUUCAGGAUGGGGAGAUUUUGUCAAGGCUCAUGAACUGCAGGAGAAUGACCUCCUGGUCUUCACAUUCAGCGGCAACUCCUCUUUCGAUGUCCUCAUCUUCGAUGCGAGUGGCUAUGAAAAACUGUCUUCUCUCUUCGCUGGCGCUGACAGUAUGCGCAAACAUUUUGAUGGUAUGGUGGGUCAACAGGUUGAGCAAUACUCUCAGAGUGAUGAUGAUGAUGAUGACUAUGGUGAUAACGCCGACGAUGAUACAAGUGUGCCGUCUCAGAGUAUUGAGUCCCGCCAGAAGGUCUCCGCUUCAAAGAAAAUCAGUGGCAAAAGCAAACCAAGGAAAGAGCUUCUUGAAUCACCAAACAGUAGCAGCUCAUGUGAUGUUAAGCAUGAAGCAACCGAGGAAGAGGAGAAUGAUGAUGACACAUAUGCUGAUUUCGACUGCUACUACUCGAGGGCUGCGAAGCAACUACCCGACGACGAAAAACGUGAAAUAAUCGGGCUGGCUUCGAUCCAACCGGGCAAUCCAGCAUUCAUCACGGUUCUGCUGAGGGCCCACCUGCCUCCAAAAGUCAACUUUCUGUACAUCCCCGUUAAAUUUGCUGUCAAACAUCUCCACAUGAGAUCACAUGAGGUUCUCCUCCUCAGGCCAAACAGAGAAGAGAGGUGGCAUGUCAGGUACUACUGCUACGAGGGGGGAUCCAGCGGAGGAAGCUUCAAGGGCCAAUCUUGGGCAAAGUUCGUCUGCGACAACAAACUGCGUGAGGGCGAUGUCUGCACCUUUGAGCUGAUGAAAGACGCAAGGAAUGAGAAGAAGAAGAAGGCGAGGACAACAAUGACCGUCCAUGUCGCCCGUAGGAGGAAGUCCAACGGCCGGUUUGCGUUAGUGGGCUGAGUUCAUGCGGCGUGUGAGAUGUGUGCUGAAUGUUUUGGUAUGUAGGAGUAAUAUAUGCAGUGCAGAUGUGCAAGUACCUAGUAGUAUUAAACCUGAACUUGCUGGUAUAAGCCCUGUGCUGAAUGUUUCUAAAUUAGGCCCUGUUUGGUUCCAAAUAAGUCACCAACUUAUAAGUUGAAAAAUGCAAA